AAAGGCAGGCUGUCGAGGUGAAGUCAGUCGGCAGAGACACCGGGAGAGGAAGGAGGCUGCCUGAUGCAGCAGAAAAUUUAGCUCUCCAGAAAUACCGAAAGGCGACCAAGUUUUGAAGCAGAAUGCGUCUGUGAGCCGCUGGAAGACUGCCUGUAAAUAAUAAUAAUAAAAAACCCAAGCUUCUGAUUAAAAACAAGAAAAAGAAAAUAAAGCUUCGCUGUUUUGUUUUAUUCCUGGAGAGCUUAAUUCACCUCGUUUCCAACAAGAUGAUCGGGAGAGAAGUCUUCCUUCUGACUGUUUUAUCCACCUGCGCUCUGUCAUUGCCAGUGACUUCAGGUCAGCUGGAGAAUGAGGACGUGAAGGUGAUGAAAUGCAUCGUGGAGGCGCUGGCUGACGUGCUGUCGAGGCCACACCUCGUGCCCAUCAGUCAAGAGUGUUUGGUCACACUGAAAACAGAUGACAGGCUCCUCGCCAUCCUUCGUCAUCACAACUUUCUGAAGGAGCUGCAGGAGAUCGCUGUGAAAGGUGGUCAUGAGAGGGCUGUGGUGCAGAGAUACGCCGACGCACCGACGCCCACAACUAAAACUCUUCACACAAAGGAUCGUGUUGCUGAUCGAUCCAUGUUGGAUGCUUUGGGAGGCCCCGGCGAAAGAUCCAUCCUAUCCCAGGGGAAGAGGGYGGGAGAUGGACGAGAAGAGGAGGAUGAGAGCAGGGAAGACGGAGAGUCACGGGAGGAUGGCGGCGCCAAAGAGGUGGAGGCGAAGAAGAGAAAAGAGGCGAAGGAAGGGGGACACGAWAGGAAGCGAGAGAACUCAGAGGAGAUUUCAAGGGAGGAAAACGAGGCGAAGGAUAUCAGAGGYGAUGGGUCUGAUGGAAAAGGCGUACCUUCCAGAAACAAACCAACGACGGAAAGGUUUGACGUGCAACACGAAGAAGAAAGUGGCAAAAGAUCUGUGCUGCUGUCACAAAAACACAACRGCAACGAGGAGGAAGCUAAAAUGAGAAGAGGUGACAGGGAGAACGUCAAGCGCUGGGCCAAGAGGGCGAAGCAUUUGCAGCCAAAGAAGAAAACCGUCCAAAAAGAGGAGCCGCCAUUCAGCAGUCAACAGGAAGUGCCUCAUCACUCAAAAGAGGUCACAGAUGACGAGGAGGAGGAAGAGGAGAAGAAACGAUUUGCUCAGAGGAGUCCAGAGGAGAAGGAGCUGCAAAUGAUUGCUCGUGGGSCACCAGAGGACAAGAGGGCGAUGGAGGAUGAAGGAAGUGGCAUCAGAAAAGAGGAGCCGGAGAUUGAAAGUCUGGCAGCUAUCGAGUCAGAGCUGGAAAAUGUUGCCCAGAAACUCCACGAUCUGCGUCGAGGCUGAAAAAGAAAAAAAAGAAAGAAAAAAAGAAAAACCAGCACAAGUCUGACACGGCAGUCUCUUUGUUCUUCUCCGCUUCACCAGAUGCCUGGUUUCCACUGAUAGAUAGUGUGAACGUGUGACAAGUUUUAUCUUUUGCUAUUUUUCUUCUAGGAUGCCACACUACUGCAGCUUUUUGUUUGUUUGUUUGUUUGUUCAGAUAUUCUUCAUUUUCUCAAAGUAAUGUAGCAUCCUGUAGAUUGAAGCUAGCAGACUAAUAAAUGCACAAACUCUGUGCUAAAAAGAACAGAUUCCUACAGAAAUWUCAACGUUAUGACAGUCUUACAAUCAUUUCUUCCUUAUGCACAUUAUCUUGAUUAAUUAACAUUGAGCACUGAUUCAAACGAAAGGUUAAUUCAGGUACACACACACACACUCACACACACACUCACACACACACACCCCAUCAUGUGGAGUUGUACAGCUUGUAAAAAGCAGAUGCUUACCUGUUGCAGUGGACACACAGAGGACUCUAAUCAAGCCAAGGCAAUAAGUUUAGAUUUUUAGCAGUUAAAUGAUCGAAUUGUGAUUGAACAUUGUGAUAAAUUUGUGUAAAAAAUAAAUAAAACUAAUUGAUUCUGUAGCUGUAAAAACUGA